AAAAAAAAAUAUUGGAAUUAAUCAAUCUUUUUAAAAAAUUUUCAAAAGGAAAAGAGAAACUUCAAGCUUUAGCAACAGUAAAAGCUCCAAAUAAAAGGCACAAUAGAUUAUAGACCUUCAAAUAUUAAAAAAAUGAGUAUGGCUGGAGAAAUAUUAAGUGAGGUAAAAUAAGAAAAACUAUUCAAUAUACUCUUAAAGAGAGAAGAAAACUAAAUAUGCGCUGAUUGUCACACUAAAGCUCCAACUUGGGUAUCUUUAGAUUUUGGUGUAUUUGUUUGCAUGAAUUGUUCAGGCGCCCAUAGACACUUAAGUAGGUCUGUUACAAGAGUUUACUCAACUAAGAUCGAUAGCUGGAAUCACGCUAACUACUAAAUUAUGGAUUAUGUUGGCAAUGCAAUUGCAAACUCUUACUGGGAAUUUAAAAAACCUCCUCGUAGAAUCACAUUCAAUGCAUAGCCUGAUGAAAGAGUGCGCUUCGUUACUGAAAAAUAUGUACGCAAACUUUACUGCAAUCCUAAAGCUAUCAACCCUGUGACUGUGUUUUUAAAAAAUAGAGAAAAGGGAAUAUUAGAGAGACCUGUAUAAGAUAAUUAAGAUGAACAUUACUUGGAUCCAAAAACUCAAUAAAUUGAUGAAGGUAAAAAAAAAUUUAAAUCAAAUGGACCAUCUACAGAAGAACAUAAAAAUUAAGUUAUAAAGGAAAUGAAAGAAUAAAAGCAAAAUGGAAAAUAAGAUUUUAAUUCUGUAACUUCUCCAACAUGCCAACCAAGUAAGACUGCAGAUUUAUUAGAUUUUGAUGAUAAUAUGAAAUUAGAUAAUGAAGAUUUUACUGGUUUCACAUCAGCACCUGCUAAUUUAUCAAAUAAUCAACAACAACCUUAAAAUGCAUAAUAAAAUCCUUAAAUAAAUAUAAAUGGAAAUAGUUUAUUAGAUUUUUAUGAAAAGAAGUAAAAUAGUGCUCCAAUUAAUGGCACUCAAGCAAACUCAAAUGGUUCUAACUUGAAUGCUUUAUACUAGAAUGGAAACCAUUAUAAAUAAAAUUCAUUUCCUGGAUAUACAAAUUAGUAUUAACCACACAUGUAACAAAAUUUGAGCAAUUAAGUAAAUCCAAAUGCUAAUAAGACAAAUUAUCAACUAAACGGAUAAUUGACACAAAACUAAACUGGACUCAUUAACUCAAACCCACAAUCCAACAAUAAUAAUAGCAAUACUUAGCAAUAGCAAGCUUAAAAUAAACCCGUAAGUUUAAUGGAAUUGUAUUAAAAUAACAGUAAUAGCAGCACAAAUAAUAAUAAUAUCUAAAACACCUAGUAAUUUACAGCUAUUAACUAAGCUUUUAAUACACAAGUAAAUGCUAAUAAAAACCCUAAUGAAGUAGUUGUGGAUAAAAAUAAAUACCAAGCUCUUAACUAAAUGAAUUAAAUGGGAUAAGUUGGCUAAAUGGGUUACUAAGGCUACUAUCCUUACUAUUAAAUGCAGUAAGGUUACUAAAAUUACAACUACCAAAAUCAAUGGAAAUAACAAUGA